CUUUUCUUCCUCCGGGUCUCGUGAUCCAACAGUUUCCGGUGCGUCGCUACAGUAGGUUUGUUUUCCGGUGAGCGUCCGCACACGCAGACAUGCCUCUUGCAAAGGAUUUGUUGCACCCGAGUCCCGAGGAGGAGAAGAGGAGACACAAGAAAAAACGUCUUGUGCAGAGUCCUAAUUCAUAUUUUAUGGAUGUCAAAUGUCCAGGCUGCUACAAGAUCACCACAGUUUUCAGUCACGCUCAGACUGUAGUGCUGUGUGUUGGCUGCUCCACGGUUCUCUGCCAGCCAACAGGGGGGAAAGCUCGUCUGACAGAAGGAUGCUCAUUCAGAAGGAAACAGCACUAGUUUGACCAGAUGUGGCUGGACACCAUCGAGGAGGAGAAUUGAUAAAACUUGAUGGACAUCAAGUAACACUGCCAUGGAGCUGAUGCAGCAAACAGGGAAUGGAGAGCGUGAAUACAAAUCAUUUAAUAUUAGAAGUCUAUUUACAAAAAUGCUUGGCCUUGUUUAGACCCCACCAGUAUCACAUAUCCAUUAAUUCUUCUCUCAAUAAACAUAGGUUGUUUUUUUUUUUUUGGUAAAAUUAUCUUGUACGUUUGUCAUCCAGUUUCCUGUUUAAGAGGUGAGACAGAUACUGUCCAACAGCACUUUAGAUUUAUGCAGAUGUCAUUUGAAUCCACGAGACCAGUUCUAGAGAAAAUAGAUGCAUUGUGGGGUAAACUGCAAAUUACAUCUAAGAAGCAGUCCUGAGAUUCUAAAUUCAGACGUUAACACAUAUAUGCUAAGGUAAUGCCACAGUGAAGUCAACAUUUUUUAAAAUUAACAUUAGACAAUGAUUUUAUCAGUGCCUGCUCCAAAGCCAGUGGCGUCAGUGCAGGGCCCCCCCCUCUGCUCUCAGUCUGAGCGAGGGUUGAUUCAGGGAAAGUCAUCACUGGCUCUUCUUGUGUUUCUUGCUGCUUGUAAAACACACAGUACACAGUGAUGUGACACUAAAUGGCAUCACAAUGAAAUUUGUGGUUGUGAGUUUAUGUGUGCUUGCAAGCGUCCUGUGAAAAUGAUAAUGUAAUGUGGGGUGAAAUCUUGUGAAGUUGCAAAAAAAAAGAAAAAAAAAAAAGAAAGAAAAUUAGUGUAGCUUGGGAAGAGUGGGACUCACCAGACGAAUCAAACUACUUUGAUUACAAGAUUUGUGACCUACAGCUUACUCACUGCUUAUGUUUAUGCAUGCAGACCACACCUGCACAGUGUCUGUAUGUGACAGCAUUGAGUUGUACACUGAAUAAAGGCUACUUAAAUUAGGAGAAGGAGUGAUUCAGUAACAUUCUUAUUGCUAUGUAACAUUUUUCUUGUGUCCAAUAUACAACAAAUAAAGUAUGCAAUUCUGA